AAGUCGAGUGGUGGAGCGCUUGUAGUGGUUGCAACACAACCAAGUGUUCUGUUACUUAACUAUUGGAUCCAGAAUUAGGAUGGCAUCUGCUGACAGCGGUGUUUGUGAGGAAGUGGUCGUGAUUCAAGUUUCUGACGCCGGGUCUCCGUCGAAAAAGAAAUACCCCCGUUCCCUUAGUCGGUCAGAUCAACCGGUUGUUAUAAAUGUUCGAACGAAACAGAGUGCAUUUCGCUUAGCGGUACCCUGUAUGCCGAUGCCACUGGCUAUCGUCUGCUGUUUACUUAACAUCGUCGGACCUGGGUUAGGAACGUUCAUUUCUGCAUUCACUGUCUUUUGCUGUGGAUAUACCGAGACAACGCCAUACAAGGCAUUCUUAUGGAACGUGUUAGCUGCAUUUUUCCAAAUAAUCACUUUCCCCGUUGUUGUGGGUUGGAUUUGGAGCAUCUUAUGGGGAAUGACGUUCGUCACACUUUCCGCUGAUUAUGCUCACGAAAAGGAACUCCACAAUAAGAGAUCGGAGAUGAAGGAGAAUUUGAAAUGAAUGAAACAGUUGGCAAUUUAUUCUAUGGUGGAAUCUCUUCUCCAAAACAUGAAGAAAUGCCCUAACGUUUUCGUCUGCAUUCACUUCUGUCGGUCAGGAUGAAGAAGAAUGAAGAAGAAACUGUCGCAUUUUAACCAU